AUGUCUAUGUCAAAUCAGUGUGAAUAUAAUACCAAUUCCAAGGAAACAAGUGCGAUUCGUAUGGUGGUCAUGGUGUCGUUUCAAAUUCUGUCAAUUUUUGAUGGUUCUGGGAAACUUCUACUGAGUCCAAAGAGUCCAGAACUAUUGUUCAUACUAGACCUGUAUGCGAACGGAAAAUGUCUAUCAGAAAUCUUUCAAAAUCAAAAUGACAUUACACUGAAGGGAUCGGAGCAUAUAGCGAUCUGGAAUAAGGGGAGUGAUGAAAUUGAGGUACAUUACACCUCAAAUAAAUACAGUAUUGAUGAUGGCAGAAUUUCCAUCCAUAAUGUUUCUGAGGAGGACUCUGGCGUGUACCUAGGUCUUCACAUAUUGAGUUGCAUGAAGUUACCUCUUGCAGGGAUAUAUCAAGAAACUUGUCCUGUUACAGUAGAAAUCCAAAAACUAAAGCUUGUCGGAGUCCAUUUUGAAAACAGAGAAGAAACACCCUCUAGAGAAACACAAUCCGAAAACUUCUUUCAACUUUGGACGUCUGAGUCAGAUGAAGGAACAACCUGUAUAGUGCUCGUGACAGAGACACCAAGCGAAUCAUCGUCUUUCUUUAGAAAGAAUCAUCAGGAUGAUAACGGCAAUUCGAGACUGAUUUUUAUCUUAAAAUGCACAGCUUUACUCAGCAACGAUUUUACCUUCUUAUGGAAUACCGCCAAAGCAAAACCUCUGUUGAGAAGCAUUGAAUUAUUCUUGACCGAGAAAAAACAUUCAGUGGAAGAAUACAAGAAUGUCGCUUCUAAUUUAGUACCAUGUUUCAUAUACGAAUCAACUUCAAGUUACUUUAAAUUAUUGUCUGAUGACGCGCGGCUAGAGACUCUUUGGACUUUGUUCAACAGCUGCCGAUCUCCAAUGGAAGUCAUGAACUACAUUGCUGAUCAAAGAUUGUCAACACUCGCAAAGAAAUACUUCCGAUUAGAAGGAUACAGUCAACAUGUUGAUGAAACUUACAUUCUAUUGCCGCCUUCUGUGGCAAAUAUCUACCUGAAAAGUUUUGAGGAUAACAUUUUUAAAACUAUAGAAAAUCCUUGGGAGUCAAAUGAUACUUUUGACCAGAGGACUUGUACGGAGCUUGAAUGUUUUCUUCACUACGCACUUAACAGAGAUCUUCCAACAUCUGAAACAGUUUUUGAAUAUAUCCGAACCUCCGGUUAUGUGAAGGAAACUAAGGAAGAAUGUAUAAUUGUACCCGCUGAAUACAACGAGAAAGUCAUAGAGAAGAUGGACGUGGACAUUAUUGUUAAUAAAACAUUUAAAGAUGUUUCAAUUCACGAAGCUGUUGUAAAACUAUUAAGAAUUCCAGAAGAAGUAAUUGGGUGGAACGAUGAAAGAAAACAACGAUAUAUUGAGGAACUGAAGAAAGGGAAAUCUCGAAUCCAUCGAGCUAGAGUAAUAGUUGUUGGCUGUGCAGGAGCAGGUAAAACAACUUUGGUUGAAAGACUGAAGCAUCCAGACAAAGAUGAGAUGCCUAGAACUACCACAACUGUUGGUCUUGAUGUUCACAGAAAUGUGUUUCUAGUCGAAGGCGGGAAACUAAUAUUAAUGGGAGAUGCAGCUUCUUUGUCAUAUUCAAGAACCAGAGACAAAAUGAUUACUGUGAUGGACUUUGCCGGACAAAGUGCAUAUUACGCAUGUCAUCAAGUUUAUUUGACCAAGAGAGCUAUAUAUGUAUUAGUCACAGACAUGUCAAAAUCUAUGGAGGAAAAAGUUGGUCAACAUGUCUGUGACGCUGAUGGAACAAUUUUUGCAAACUGGAAAUACGGAGAUUAUAUUAGUUUUUGGCUUCAGAGCAUUCGGACAUACUGCGGAGAGGAGAUGCCUGUAGUUCUGGUGGCAACACACAAAGACAAACUUCAGGAGAAAUUGGACAAGAGCUUUUACGAGGAAAUUCUACAUUCUUUACCUAAAAAACAAAAUCUGAAGAAACAUUUGUCUACAGAGAGGUACUUUGAGAUUGAAGCCGCUCCCAGGGACAAUGAUAAGAUACUAAAAAUUCAGGAUCUUCUAAUUGAUCUCUUAACGUCAAAGAAGGAAGAAAAUUCAUACUCUCACUGGGGAGAAUUUAUCCCAUCCUUUUGGUUAACUGUUGAAGGAGAAUUAGAACAAAACAGAGAAAAAGUCAUGCGUGUGUCGCAAAUGAAAGACAGAUUCAAUUUAGAAUUUUCUGAAAAUAUUGAUAGAUUUCCUGAUAAAGUUCGACAUCGUUGGUUUCAGUUAAAGGUCAGACUUGGGGUAGAAGUAUCAAAAGAUAUUAAAAAAAUUCGGGACAUGCUACAAUUCUUUCAUGAAAUUGGGUAUAUUCUUUUUUUCAAUGAAAAGCCCUUAAACAAUGUAGCCAUUCUAGAUGUACAAUGGUUUAUUGAUGCAUUCAAAUCAUUAACCAUGGAUAAAAACCAAGCAGACGUAGCAAACGCUUCAAAUAAUUCAAACAAAAAAAUCCCAGCUCUCGAGGACUGUUUCCAAACUACAGAAGAUAUGGAUGAGUUCUAUCAAUCAGGAAAGCUACCAUGUGAAACUCUGAAAAAGUUCUGGAGAUCUCAUGAAGAUAAAGAUCUGAACGAAAAUAGUGACUCUAUUUUAAAAUACAUGGAACGUCUUGGCCUAUUAGCCAUCGGAAAAAUCUUUCAUUACAUACCAUGUGUCAACAAGAUGGAUAUCAAUAUUUCACAACUUGAGAGGAUAUCUGCAAGACAGCACAAAACACCAGUCUUACAUUUCCGAUUCAAGCAUUGCCUGCAUCAUUUCUUCUUCCAAAGAGUUGUCGUUGCUUGUAUGCACAAAUGGAAAUACUUAAAAAUAGAUGACAGAAUUCAAUUGUUCAAAAACAUUGUUUUGCUAGAACACAAACAAAGCGGAAAUAUCAUUGCUAUUGGUGUUAAUAAAACAGCGAUUCAAUUAUUGGUAUACAGUAGUUCAACAACUUUACAUCCCGCUGAUACAUAUAAAGUCCGCAAAACUGUCGAGAAAAUCUUGAAUUCUGUUGUACAAACUUUUCACAAAGCCGUGAAUUAUGAGGUAGGAUUCAGUUGCAUGGAGGAUGCCAAAGUAACGCAGGAAAGCGAAGGACGAUUUAUUUUAGAAAAAGAUGCACUUGAAAAGCGUGAGGAGGAAGGCAAUUGUGACUACCAUUAUGAAACACACCGUGUAAAUUGGAGUAAAAUGGUAAAAUAUUGGAAAAAAGACCAAGGCCAAAGGCUAUGGUGCGUUUCAAGAGAAACGAGGAAUUCAACAGCAGAAGGCUUCUCCAGAGAGGGAAAAAAUGACGACAUUGAAACUGGAAUAAACAUCGAGAUGCAAGAACAAGUAGUUAUUGAUAUAGACACACGUCUAUCUGAGAAUGAAAAUAUCAACAUGACUGAUGAAGAAUUAAAAAAGCAUUGCUGGAGAAUAUUUGAAAAACUCAUGAAAGUUUCACGGGAUGCAUUUCAAAUUUACUUUGACGAAAAAAUAUCUCCAUAUGAUCUACAACAGCUUAGCACCAUGGAGGAUGAAAUGAAAAAAUCUCCUUGCAAAUUUAAAAGAGAACAAAUGAUGAUUCUGUUUCCAGGAGAUGGAAGUUGUCCUUCAUCCUCUAAGUUUGACAUUACGAUAAUGUACAGACUGCUAAGAAACUAUGGUAACGAUGUACCUAUACCAAGCCAAGGUUGGGGAAAGACACCAGAGUUUAAGGACAUCAAAGAGACUGAUGACUUAGAAAGAAUACGGAUUCGCAGAAACAUGUUGAGUCAUGAAGGGUCAGAUAGUAGCAUGGAGAGGGAUGUAUUUAAAAUGUAUUGGGUGGAAAUCUCCCAGGCGAUAAAGCGAUUAAGCAAAGGGAAGCUUCAAGCAGAAUUAGAUGACUUGCAAAAGGAAGCAGGAGCAGGAAUCAUGGUGUAAAGAGAUAAAAUAAGAUGGUUAAUAUGUUGAACAAAUUUACUGCACCAAAUUAUUGCUGUUUUUAAUGUGUGAAAAAAUAAGGUUCUUUGAAAAUUUUAUUGUUCAAUGACAUUUUCAUGUACAUAAAUCAGUUAGGCUUUUUAAAGACAUAGUGGUUAUCCUUUGCUAGGAUAUAGCAUGAUAUUUAAGAUAAUAGAAAAGAAUACAGCCACGUGUCUUUAUAAUCAUUGAGAUAUAUGUGAUGUAGCAUUUUAUAGUUCUGUAUGUAUUGUCAGAGGCAACAAAAUAACUUACCUUCACUGAACAUGUUACUGACAAUCUGUUCAUAUUGACACUAGCAACAGUGUAUGGCAAUAUGUCUUUUUACUGUAUUGAAUAUGCAACAAAAUGUAAGUACAAUUUUGGGAAAAUUGUGGUCGGCAAUGAUAUAUGCCAUAAAAAUGUGCAUAUUUUGUCAUCGAAAAUAUUUUUUAACGAAGAUUAUAUUACUAGAAGAGAAGAAAGUGAAAUGUUUAUGGUAUUUUUAAUGGAUUUUAAAAACCAUGUUACUUGCACAACUUUUUUUCACAGUAAAAUUUAAUAUAAGCAGUAUUGUUAUUUUUAAAAACAGAUUUUUUUUAAAUUGCAGUAUUAGAAUAAGAAGUGACAAUUAUGUCUUGAAUCAUAAGUUGUUUAGAUGUCCUAUUACUGACCAUUGUGUUUUCAGCGUUUUCUCUGAAACCACUGAACCAGUUUUUACCAAUUUCGGUAUAUAGCAGUUAUAGGUAAAGGAGAAUAGAAUUUGUGACUUUAAUGACCCCUACAUUGUACCCACUUGGGGCCUCAGGGCAGGGACUAAAACCAAAAAAAUAUAUACAAUCUUUUAAAAUCAUUUUCACUCCUGGAUAUCACACACCCAAACUGUGAUUAUGAUUAUAAUCAGUUUUGAGCACUCUACGAUAAUUGAGAAAUUAAGGGACGCAGUGUCAUGGGUUAAAGUAUAGGGCGGGGAUCUAAUUAUUGUAUCUUUAAGUGAAAAUACAAGAAUUGUUUAAAAAUCAUCUUCUCUACUUCUGGGUAUUAACAAAUGAGGUUUCAUUUAGUUAUGAUGAGGGAGGAUUCCUUAAGCAACCGUAAAUAUGGAGCAACAAUGUCUGCUUUACAGGUAUGCACAUACAUGUACAUGUACUAACGAAGCGACAAUAUGUAUACAUGAAUAUACAAUUUUUCAGUCGGCAUAUUGUAGCCAACGAUAAUACGUUCAGUACGAUAAUGUGUACAACUACGGGUUAAGAUUUGUAUAAAGACUGCAAAAAUAUAACCCCUAAAAAUUAAAAUAGCUAUCAUAAGCUUACUCGAGUUAACUAUAGUUUUGUUAAUUGUCAAAAAAGUUUGUACAGUUGUCAAUCAAUGUAAAUGUAUAUUAACUGUGGUUUUAUACCCCGUAAUCUUUAUAUUUUAUUUUUUCUCCAUUUUUUUUUUUUACAUAUGUUUACAUUGUAUAUACAAUUGUUUCAUAGUCAGAGGCAAUACUGUAUAAAGGAAGUUUUGCUGCUUUUUCAUUUCGCCCCUUCGCCUUACCCCACAACGGCGAUUUUAACUCGGGCCGAAUUCAAAGAAUAUAGUUUUUUUUUUUUAGACAAAGCUAUUACUUGGCAAAUAUAAAAUUGUUUGUAAGGAUAAAAGGGGAAAAUAAAACGGGGAGAAAACAAGCUUGGUACAGCUUUACUUGUGAAUUCGUAUAUUUUGUCCAAAAUAAACAUAUUGCUGACAUUUAAGAGAUAUAAAGGUUUUAAAAUCAAAAUAGGUACUUAAGUAAAGUUUCAUCAUUAAUCAAAGUAAAAAAGAAUUUACUAUUCAGAAAACUAUGUAAAUGAAUAUAAGCCAAAAACUUUCUUUUAUGAUUAUAUCAGACAAUACUAGUAUUAGGUCAAAAUUCUUAUGAAAUUGUAAUUUGUUGCUAUGAAAAUCAAAUUUUAUUCAGCUUAUGCUGGUAAUUAUCUGCUAUUACAUUUGUUUAGCCAAUGAGUGCCAAUAAGUCCAAUGAUUGCCAAUAUUUACAAAUAUAAUUUCAAUAAUUCCUUUAUCAUACAGCUUAAACAUUUCCAUUGAUUUACGAUAUCGUAUAUUGAUGAUUCAAAUUAAAUAACUUGAAAUUUCCGGUAAUGGAAAUAUUUUCUGUCGAUAUUGACAGUCUGUCCCAGAAAUCUUCGUAACCACAUCAUUCCCAUGAACUUACUUAAUUAAUAAAUUCAAUAUUUAGUUAAAACAGAUAUUACCUACCAGCUGCCAAUAUUAAUAUCCAUCAUAAAUAUAGCCGUUGAGCAUUUGACAAGAUUUUUUUUUUUUUACAAUCGUGCGUUUGAUAUAGAACGUUUGCAUUCAAUUAGGAAUUCAAAAUCAGGAAAUACUGCAUACAUGGAAAUUUUCAAUUUUUGACUGCUUUUUUCGCCCUACUUACAGGUGGGCAUAUUUAGAAAUUUAGAACGGGUCGAAUUAAAAGAUCACAGUAUAAUCUCUUAACCAAAACUGUUACUGGGUGAAUUUUAAACGGGGCAGAAUUGUUUGUAAGAGUGAGAGAACGAAAAUAACAAGGGUUGAGAAUAAUCCUGUAUACAGUACUCGUUUACGAAAUAAAAAAAUGGACAUUGAGCACGAAAAAAAUGCAUUGUUUGUAAUAUUCUUUGUAGAUCUAUCACUAUUUGUUACAGUGUAUGGUUAACUUUUUUGCAUAGAAUCAAUUUUUAAGCUAAUAAUACGUCUACAGCUGUUUUGGUAUGGGCUUUUACAUUUAAGUGUGUUGAUUGAGUGGACAACUCUUCCCAAAGAAAGUCGUCCUAAGCACAAUUUGUCAUUAGUCAAAGAAAACUAGCCGUUGAUUUAAAACGACUCGCACACACUCAAAUUAACCCCAACCCUAACUCUAGCCAAGAACCAAACAGAGACAAAAUCAAUCGUAUGUUUUACAAGUAUUUCAUGUUUUGUUUUUGUUUUUGUCUUUGUUUUUUUUUUUUUUUUUUUAUUUAUUUGCAAAUAUUCAUUUUAAUUUGUAUCUGUUGUGUACAUGUUGGUCUGUAUAAGGGAACCUAUGAUGAUUCAAAUAACUAUAUUUUGCUUUUUAAGCUCUACAAACAUUCAAUGUUUAUAUCCAGUUCGGAUGUGUUAACGUAAAAAAGAUUUUCAUGAAUUUUUUAUAUCUUCUGAGAGAAAAAAACCCUUUGUUUUAAGUUAGUGUAUUGUUCAAAUAGAAAUUUAUAUACUUUUAAUGAAAGUCAUCAACAAUAUUAAAUUCAUAAUAAUAAUCUUCUCAAAACUUUAUUUAUCUAACAUAUCAUCUAACUAAAUAAUUCAAUUAAAACUAUUGUUAAAAGGUAAUAAG